UUGUUACUUAGAUUGUAAAAUUUUAGGCUCUCUUUCGCCAUGCAUGAACAUUUAAUUUUGUUCUUCUAACUUUGCCAUUUUUCUUAUGUUCAUUAUACUACUUAUCAAGUUGAUCCCUAAUUCUUAACAAAAAUAAUCUUUAACAGAAAUAGAGUUACCAUUUCUAAUCAACCUUUUAAUGUCAUUCUACUUGUUUAUCUUUGCUACCUUUACAUAUCCGAAUUAUACUAUUUCUUAAUUAGUUCGUUUUGAAGAAUGUCACAACAAUUUUAACAAAAUAUUUUUAACUCAAUACGCGAAUUUGCUUGUAAUAAAGCCCAUAAUCGCAACAGUGACAUUGCCGUCUUCAAAUCAAAGUGGAGAAUUACGAUGCUUCUCGCAAGAUUUCUCAGUUGCAGGUGCAGUUCUCCGAGUCUUCCAUGGUUAAUUUCUAAAUUUUCUCACUCAAUUUCAUCACUCUCUGAGAAAUUCCCCACUAAUUUUGACGAAUCUCAUGUUCUGAAUCAACUUUCCGACCUUUUACCCAUCCGUCGAACUUCUUCAAUCGAAAAACCCAUUCCUACAGAUUCCUCUGCACCAAAAAAUCAGUUUAGGGUUUUCGAUGAGCUUUUAACUCCAGAAGAUAAGUUACGCGGCAUUUUUCUUCAGAAACUUCAGGGCAAAACAGCAAUCGAGAAGGCACUGACAUCUGUUGACGUUGAAUUGACGGUUGAUUUAGUUGCUAAAGUGGUAAACAAAGGAAAUUUAGAUGCUGCAUCAAUAGCUACAUUUUUCAAUUGGGUUAUCAAACAACAAAAAAUACCUAUUGAUAAUGAUACUUACUGUAUAAUUCUUAAAGCAUUAGGAAGGAGGAAGUUUUUCGGGCAGAUGGUUGAAAUAUUAAAGGAAAUGAAGAAUCACGGAGUUAUGCCUGAUUCAGUGACACUUAACAUUGUUGUUGAUAGCUUUAUUCGAGCUCGACAAAUUUCGAAGGCUAUACAAUUGUUUUAUGAAUUAGAGAACUAUGGAUUGAGAUGUAAUACCGAGACACUUAAUGUUGUUUUACGGUGUUUGUGUCAUCGAUCACAUGUAGGUGCUGCAAGUUCAUUACUUGUGAAAAUGCAAGAGAAAGUUCCAUUUGAUGUCACAACCUAUAACAUAGUCAUUGGUGGGUGGUCGAGAUUUGGAAGAGUUAAGGAAGUUGAGAGAUCCUUAAAAGCAAUGGUGGAUGAUGGAUUUGAGGCAGAUAAUUUGACUUAUAGUUGUGUUCUUGAAUGUUUAGGGAGAGCUGGUCGAAUUGAUGAUGCCAUUGAGAUUUUUGAGGGAUUGGAGGAAAAGGGUCGCGUAUUUGAUGCUGAGAUAUACAAUGCAAUGAUUUCGAAUUGCAUUGGACAGGGUGAAAUUGAUGAAUCUUUUAAAUAUUAUGAGAGGAUGUUAAAUACGGAUUGUGAGCCCAAUGCUGAUACAUAUAUGAGACUAAUAUCUGCUUUUCUAAAAGCGAGAAGAGUAGCUGAUGCAAUUGAAAUGUUUGAUGAAAUGCUAAGCCGGAGGAUCAUUGUAACUACAGGGAAUGUAACCUCUUUUCUUGAGCCUUUAUGUAGCUACGGUCCACCUCAUGCAGCUCUAAUGAUUUACAAGAAGGCGAGACAAGCUGGAUUUACGAUAUCCUUGACUGCAUACAAGUUGCUUCUUAUGCGGCUUUCUAGGUUUGGGAAAUGUGGUAUGCUGUUAAACAUCUGGAAUGAGAUGCAAGAAAGUGGUUAUUCUUCCGAUAUGCAAGUUUAUGAGUAUGUCAUCAAUGGGCUUUGCAACGUAGGACAGCUUGAAAAUGCUGUCCUGGUAAUGGAGGAAGCUUUAGAGAAAGGAUUUUACCCUAGCAGGCUUAUUUGUAGCAAAUUAAACAACAAGUUACUAGGUUCAAACAAAAUAGAGAUUGCAUACAGGCUUUUUCUAAAGAUAAAAAUUGCACGUGGAAAGCAAAAUUCACAAACAUACUGGCGUGCUAAAGGGUGGCAUUUCUAAUCUUUGCACAGUCAGCUGGUUAGUGCAACUGUAUCUUCUUUCAGAGUGAUAAAUAUGACAAGAAUCAAGGAUCAAACUUCAUUGCCAGUAGCUGCCGCUGGCAAUGAACUGAAUCUGCUCUUUUACUUUCCAAAUGGGCAUCUAUUGCCUUGUACAGAAGGGUAAUGUUUGAGAAAUUAUGUGAAGCAGCAGGGACUGACGUAUUGUUUUGCAUUAUCAUGGAGGGGGUAGUAUAUGAAAAAAUUGUUGAAGUACAGGGGACUGAAGUGUUACUUUUCUUUGCUAGAAGUUGUUCUGCGGGAAGUAUGGAGAAGUCAUUCCAAUAUGAGUCACAUGUUUAACUUUUUGACCAUUGAGGUGAGUGCUUCUAGUUGGCGUCAAGUUGUGCAGUUGGUAAUGAAUGUAUUCUAACUUCUGUGCUAGCAGUAACAUGAAAAGUAAUUAAAAGAAUUCUCUAUCUUGUUUAUUAAGAACAAUUCAUGUAGAAAAUUAGAAUCAUGUCCCUGAUUUGUCUAUAAUAUUUGUUUGAAACAUAACUGCCUUUAACCCCAGGGGCCAGGGGAGGGGUUAAAAACAUGAAACUUGACUUGAAAAUAACAAGGCUUGUGACUCGCUCAAAUGAUAUGGAUUGGCUGUUCGGUGGCAAAACCUUUGCUGAUUCUUUUUUUAUACAAGGAAAUAGCUAGCUGAUUCAAAACUAUUGGGGAACUUCUCAGUAUGCAUCUCCAACGGUAGUGUUGUACUUUCAUGUAAUAUGGGGAAGGUCUGAUGUUGAGUGAGGAAUAAUGAUGUAAUGGUUGCAUCUCUAGGGUAGGAAGCUGAUAUUGUCGUGGGCGGAUGGAUAAAAAGAGAUUUAUCCAUCAUAUGAGUCCUCCUUAAACCAGAUCUGUGGUCCACCUUAAGGGUGCAGGAGGGCAGGGAAUGAUUUAGAGAAGGUUAAUUGGGAUGGAGCAGGACCUGAGUUUUGUCUCUCAUCAGUUUUGGGAGUGUUGUUUCUUUAUCAGCCGACAUUUCCUCAAGGAAAUAGUCAAAGCUGCACUCUUGAAAACAAAUGUUUCGUCAAUCUCCCAGAAGUAAAGGUAGAUAUUUGGUAUUUGCUUGUUUGGAUUUGACGAUCAACUGUUUCAUGAAUUUUGUGACUUGGUUUCUCGUUCACCUUAAUCUCUUGCACGAUGGAGAACUAUUCUACCAUUCCAAUGUUACUUCUCUGUGUUCUUGUACUACUUUAUCUGGAUUUACGUGGCUAGUCGCUACAUAACAGCUUUAUUAGGUAAAAUGUAUCCAAUUCAUGAACCAAUAUGUUGGGAUGGUCAUCUUGUUCUUAAAUAUAUUGCCUGUCACUGCACAUGUUAUCUCAAAAAGAUCUUAUUUCAUUUGUUUUUCUAUAAAUUUGAAUCAGUGGUGCUUCAAAUUCUAAUUCUGGUGAAGGUACAUCACCAUGGUAUUAUCAUGUUUCCAUCCAUUUGACUAAUAUGAUGCUUUUUCCUCCAAUCGUACUUCCCUGAAAAAGAGAGACCAAUUUGAAACUUAAGCUAUGUGUGCUUAUCUAUUCUAUUCAUUGUUAAAAAAUUUCGCUUGCGAAGGUUGGGAUUCCAUAAAAUCUCAACAUUUCCAUCUGUUUCAAGUUGUACUCAGUUGGAACAUAUGAGAUUGUUGGAACUAUUGCAACAGUGGUUCUUUUAUGUACAUAGCUUGGUCGUACAUGCAAGGAUGGAAAUUCACUUUUAUGUUAUGAGGCAUGAUUGGAACUUGACGUCUUUGUGUCAAUGCCUUGACAAAUAUGUUGCCAAUUUCAAAUGGUAUGUAAUGCUAUGGUUGUAAGGAUUAAAUAUCAUGGAACUCGUUGAUAGGCCAGAUAAAGCCCUUAAGUACUUUCAGGAGAUGACGUUAAAGGACAUUCAACCUGCUGCUGUAGUGAGCUUUUACGCCUCUAGUAUUGCUCGAACCAUCAAAUUCCCGUGAGCUGUUCUUUUCAUUGAUUUAUAUACUUGAGGAGAUGUUGAUUGAGGAAGACAUUACUUUGGUGGAAUGCCAUGGUUGAUACGUAUUCUAACCUGCGUUUUAGUGAUUGCUCUCUUGAGAGAUCCAUGUUCAUGAUGUAGUUUUGUGGAACAGAGUGACCACAAGUUAUGCUCGAAAUGGCCUUGCAUGUGUUUGCACCAAUACGAGGACCUUGAAUGAUCAUCUUACCAGCACAUGCCAUUUAGGUGCAUUGCAAGAAGAGUAAAGUGACUCAUGGGCAUGUGUUUGAGGUUGUUCUUCAUCUGGCUGUCUUUAUUUAUACCUUCCUCAUCGACCUCUGGACGAUCAUUGUCAUGGUAUCCAUGGGAACCGUAUGAUAUCUCUGCAUCUAUCUAAGGAUAUGCCGGAAAUACAUGUUUUCCUUCUCCAUUGUGAACUGCAGGCCAUUAAGGAUAGUUGAAGAAGAUGAUCAUGCAAGUAUCUCCGCGCAACGGAGGAGUUUGUUAUUAAGCCUACACUAAAAGCAGUUUAGCUGCAUGAUGAUACUGUUUUCUAGGGCUUACAAGCAUGUCGUUUGUCCAGAUGCUUCUUUCUGGGAUGCCCAUAUUGUUGCUUACAGAGUCUUUAUGGAAAUACAGAGCUGGUUAAAUUGGCUUCAGAUAAUUUGUUUGUAAUCAGAUCCCAUUUCCCAAGGCAUCCGUCUUGUUAGAUCUUGGCAUAUGUUAUUCAAUUCCAAUAGUAUUAUUUUAGUUAGUA